UUUCAGUAGCAGCGGCGUGGCGGUGACAGCAGUAUGUGCGAUCUCUGUGAGAAUCAGAGCGGGAGAGAGACAACUGCCAUAGGAAGCAGUGCAACCCAAUUCGGCCAUCCUGACUGGCUCCAGGUGCUUUAAACCGCUUUCUCGCUGGCCAAAGGAGAAAUAGUGACACAACUGUGGCGGAAUAUAUAUGUAGAUAUAUAUGUAUAUAAUAUAUACAUAAAUAAACGAAGAGGCUGGAGAGCUGCAGACUCGGGGAUGGAAAACUUCUUUCGGACAAAGUCAAUUGCAGAAGCAUCAAACUCUUGCUAGCAUCGCAAAGCAGAAGACACCAGCAGCGUACCAGAACUUCGAGAGUUGAGGGUCAGAGAUGAAUGUAGUGGCCGUCACGAAAGAGGAGGUGCUGGGGAAGCAGAUAAAUCACUUGGACCAGAUGGACUACACCCCAGAAUUCUGAAGGAGACAGUGAAGGAGAUUUGUACAGUCAGACGACUGGAAAAUGGCUAAUGUAACACCUCUGUUUAAGAAGGGAGGGAGGGCACAAUGUUGGAAACUAUAGACCAAUGACCUGACCUCAGUUGUUGAUUUGAAGUCUGCAACCAGUCUUUCUCCGUGUGUCUCCAGUGCUGCUGGAACAAGGACACAUGACAUAGGAUGACCACUGCUCAUCACCUGAUAUCAUCUGUGUUGUUGUCCCUUGCUCUGCUUACUUUUGGGUUUGAAGUCAGUGAGAACAUAUGUUCUACGUUAGUUUCUGGAGUUCUGCACAGGUCAUUCUCACUACACGACAUAUUUCCUGAAACCUUUUCUGGCUGCUCUUGGACUAUUGAAAAUCCAGAUCCAACAAAAUAUUCAAUUUACUUAAAAUUUCAUAAAGUAAAGCAGAUUUGCUCCCAUACCUCUCUGAUGGUACUGCAGUUGGAUCACUACAUUCCGAACCAGACCUGUAGCACGUUGGAUUAUAUUGAUUAUGAUGCAGUUAACUUGUGUGAAACAAGGAAUUUGUUUACAUUUUUACAGUUUGAUAAAGAUUUUGUACAAUUUUGCCUGACUUCCGAAUCAGUUUUGACUGAACAUCUAGGGAAAAAUGCAAUGGAAUUUCAAAUCUUGGAGGUUAUUUUACUCAAUAAUGAGAAUUCUAGCCAGUUUGGCUGUGGAAUAUUGUGUCAUUGGUUUGAAAGCUGCCUGAGCAAGAGAAAUCAUUACGAAUCAUGCGGAAUUAAUUACUCAGGGUGUCCAUGCCCGGACAUGCGCGAAAAUGAGUCUGACUCAUCCACGGUACUGCCUUUCGUCGAGAGUGAAUUCAUAGCAUCAAAAUUACAUUCCAGAAAUGUAGAUGAUUUUAAUGUUGAAAAAGGUUCAGCAAAAGCUGGAAGUGACAUUAAGAAAGAACGGAAAAUUAGAAGGCAGCAUCCGAGAUCAGCUGAUGACUCUGGAACAUUUAUGGCACAAAUUGGAGAUCCUGCUGCUGAAGAGUGGUCUCAAUGGAGUGUAUGCUCACUCACAUGUGGUAUGGGAUCACAGGUGCGAACAAGAUCAUGUGUAGCAUCCCCCUAUGGAACUCUGUGCAGCGGUCCUCUAAGAGAAACACGUGUUUGCAAUAAUUCAGCUACAUGUCCAGUACAUGGUCUGUGGGAGGAAUGGUCGCCUUGGAGCUUGUGCUCAGUUACCUGUGGGAGAGGAUCGAGAACCAGAUCUCGGAUGUGCGUUGCUCCACAACAUGGAGGGAAAGCGUGUCAGGGUCCAGAGCUCCAAACCAAGCUCUGCAACAUUGCACUCUGCCCUGUUGAAGGACAGUGGCUGCACUGGGGACCAUGGAACAGAUGUUCAGUAACAUGUUCAAAUGGAACGCAACAAAGAACCCGCAAAUGCAUCUCAACCCAUGGUUGGACAGAGUGUAAAGGUCACAAGGCUGAGGCCCGGGAUUGCUUCAACCAAGAGUGCUCAAGUGAUGGCAAAUGGGGUCCAUGGAACCAUUGGAGUUUGUGUUCCAAAACAUGUGACAGUGGCUGGCAACGACGCCUUCGUAUGUGCAAGGGGACAAGUGUCAAAGGCUACCCAUGUGAAGGAUCAGGGGAAGAAGUCAGGACAUGCAAUCAUAAAAGAUGCCCGGCUCCCCAUGAGAUGUGUAGGGAUGACUACAUCAUGGCAAUGACCUGGAAGAGGACUGUAGCUGGGGAGCUGGUUUAUAAUAAGUGUCCUCCAAAUGCAACAGGUUCAGCCAGCCGCAGAUGUUUAUUAAAUUCUCAUGGAAUUGCAUUUUGGGGGCCACCAAGUUUUGCCAGAUGUGUCUCACAUGAUUACAGGCACUUGUAUGUAUCGAUCCGAGAGCACCUGGCUAAAGGACAGCGGACCUUGGCAGGAGAGGGCAUGAUACAAGUAAUAAGAACUAUGCUGGGUUUAAUAGCAAGAAAAAAUUUCUACAGUGGCGAUCUCUUGUUUUCUGCAGACAUACUACGGAACGUGACAGAUACAUUCAAGAGAGCCAGCUAUAUUCCUGCUUCUGGUGACAUACAAAAGUUCUUUCAGAUUGUCAGCUACAUGCUUGAAGCAGACAACAGAGCAAAAUGGGAAGAUGCACUUCAGGUUGCACCUGGAUCGAUCUACUUGAUGCGAGUAGUUGAAGAUUUUAUCCACAUUGUGGGUCAUGGGUUAAAGGUGUUUCAGAGUGCCCUUAUUGUGACAGAUAACCUUGUGACUAGUAUACAACGAGAGCCUGUAUCUGCUGUGUCAAGUGAUAUCAGCUUCCCAAUGAAAGGCAGAAGAGGAAUGAAAGAUUGGGCAAAAAAUUCAGAAGACAAACUUUAUAUUCCAAAAGAGGUGUUCACACGUUCUUCUUCAGAAACAGAUGACUCAACCUAUUAUGUGAUUGGAGCUGUGCUGUAUCGGACGCUGGGUCUCAUCUUACCUGUUACAAAAAAGUCAAUGGCAAUAAAUUCCAAAGUACUGACAGUAACAGUAAGACCACAGCCCAAGGCUUCCGAACCAAUUGUUGUAGAGUUGUCGCAUCUUAUUAAUGGAACAUCUGACUCACAUUGUGUUGUUUGGGAUGACUCCAAAAUAGAUUCUGGUCCAGGGAGCUGGGACCCUCAGGGAUGUGAAACGGUGCAAACACAAACAUCACACACGAAAUGUCUUUGUAAUCAACUGGCCACUAUCGCCAUCUUAGCCCAGAAGCCGAGAGAAUCCACCAUGGAAUUGACAGGAGUACCAUCUGUCCCACUGAUGAUUGGAUGUGGAAUUGCCUGUAUGGCUCUCUUAACAUUGCUUGCUGUAUAUGCUGCUUUUUGGAGAUUCAUAAAAUCAGAGCGAUCCAUUAUUCUGCUCAACUUUUGCCUGUCUAUAAUGGCAUCGAACAUCCUUAUUUUGGUUGGUCAAACACAGAUACACAGCAAGGGAGUGUGCAUGAUGACAGCAGCUUUUCUACAUUUCUUUUUCCUUUCAUCCUUCUGUUGGGUGUUGACAGAAGCCUGGCAAUCUUACCUUGCUGUUCUGGGGAAAAUUAGGACCAGGCUUAUAAGGAAACGGUUUCUCUGUCUUGGCUGGGGUUUACCCGCACUGAUUGUGGCCAUUUCUGUUGGAUUUACUAAAGCUAAAGGAUAUGGAACAGCUAAUUACUGUUGGUUAUCUUUGGAAGGAGGCCUCCUUUAUGCAUUUGUUGGACCAGCAGCAAUAAUUGUAUUGGUAAACAUGCUCAUUGGGAUUAUAGUAUUCAACAAACUCAUGUCCCGAGAUGGAAUUUCAGAUAAGUCCAAAAAGCAGAGAGCUGGUCAGGCAACUGAAGCCCGUAGCAGUUUGAUGCUCAAAUGUUCCAAGUGUGGAGUUGUUUCAACUACAGCAUUAUCUGCCACCAUCACCAGUAACGCCAUGGCAUCCCUGUGGAGCUCGUGUGUUGUUCUCCCAUUGCUGGCACUGACCUGGAUGUCAGCUGUUCUGGCGAUGACUGACAGGCGAUCGAUUUUGUUUCAAAUACUGUUUGCAGUUUUUGACUCCGUUCAAGGCUUUGUUAUUAUUACAGUCCACUGCUUUCUGAGGCGAGAGAUUCAAGAUGUUGUAAAAUGUCGGACAGGAAGCUGCAAAACUGAAGAGAAUGAAAACUCACCUGAUUCUUACAAAAAUGGUCAAGUCCAGAUUAUGACAGAUUUUGAAAAGGACGUGGACCUGGCCUGCCAGUCGGUGCUCUUCAAGGAGGUUAAUACUUGUAAUCCUGCAACUAUUACUGGAACACUGUCUCGUAUUUCAUUGGAUGAUGAGGAGGAUGAGAAGCUGAAUACAAACAGUGAGGGGAUGAACUUCACAACCCUUCCUGGCAAUAUUCCACCAGGAAAUGUCUUAGUUCAGUUGCCUCCCAUGCACCAGUUGCACAACAUGAUGUCUGGUAUGAAUGAACUUAAUGAGCAACCAGCCAAAAAAGAAACCAACAAUGAGUUGAGGGGAACACUAUAUCUGUGCACAGAGAAUACAUUGAAACCAGUGGAUGUGAAGUGGAGGCGAGCACAGGAGCAGCCAUUAGAAGGUGACUACAUGGUACUCCCAAGGCGCACAGUCAGCUUAAAGCCUUUCAUCAAAGAGGACAGCAAAUUAAACAUCAAUGUGGAUGACAACAGGCACAUAAUUGGCGGAAACCAGCCAAUCGAGUCAGAGGUUUAUCCUAACUUUGCAUCACUUGAUCAGAUCAAUAUUAACUUAAAUCAACCUUAUGGUACGCUUAAUCAUCCACGGAAUGUACCCAUCAAACAGCACCCUUCAGUGAGACACAUUCUAGCAUCUGAACUUGCUGACAGGAGCAGAACCAUGCCACGCAGCAAACCAAGUGCAACAAACUCCACGGGUUCCUUAGAAAGGAAAAGAGUGAGGUACUCCGAUCUUGAUUUUGAGAAAGUCAUGCACACAAGAAAACGUCAUUCAGAGCUCUAUCAUGAACUAAACCAGAAAUUCUACACCUUGGGCAGAUUCCGAGAUUCUGAAUCCUCAGGAUUUAAGCAAGAGAAGCAAUGUAGCAUUUCCCCAGCAGGAGCUGAAAAGAGCACUCUAGCUGAACAAACUGUACCCUUGGAGCAGUCUUGGGACAACUUCACGAGUCCACCAGCCAACACACUUCAUUUAGACAGUCAGGAAAAUUUGGAACUUCAUUCGCCGCAUUGGGAAACAUCUGCCACAAUUGCUUUGGAUACAUCUGAAGGAGACUUUCAAACCGAAGUUUGAAGGAGAUUCAGAGGUAAAAACAAACUGACAGAAGCAACAAAGUUCAAAUAUAUAUUUUCACACUGAUGCUUUGAGAAGAAUUUUCUUGUGUGUCAAAUUCCGGAAGAAAAGUCAAGUUCUUAUUUUCAACAUUUUCACUACAACUGAUUGAUGACACGGCAAGACUGAGUCUGUGAAACUAAGUUCCAGAUCUGUGUACUGAAGACCUUACUUCCUAGACGAUUUUCUUUUGAUGAGCUGUGUGGAAGCCACAACCAAGACGAAAAGGAUUCAGUCACCAUCUCUAGUUGACACAACUAAGUUUAAGAUGAAAUAAAUUUUUAGUGAGGCUCCAUCACUUUUGUCUCAACAUCUUAUUGAGAAAAGACAAUCAGGCAACAGUUAUUUUUAAAAAUACUUUUGUACAUGCUUUAUUGUUCUCUUUUGUGAAGACUGUGACUUAUGUCCUGAAUUUUGCAAUGGCUGCUCUUCCUGUAAUCUUUUCCUUUGCUUUUUGCUGUUCCCAACACCCAACAAUACUUUUUCAUCCAAGUUUGUUUGAAAAAGGCCCAAGGCAGUAAUUGUGUGAAGCCCAGUGCUCAAUAUGCGCUUUGUUAGAUGCAAGCACAGGCCAGAAUCAGAGUUUUGAUGAUAUAGUACUAGUUUUUGAUCAUAUUCAUGACUUGUGAGGUUUUUAAAUCAGAAAAAAAGCCUCACAAAACUACUCCAGCAAACAAUAAUAUUGAGAUAGCACCUGCAGGUGCAGAAUCAGUAAAAGCAGAAGAGUUCUUUUACCUAGCCUCCCCAUCAAUAAACUAUAGUAAUCAGAUGCAGUCUUGCUUGAUGCUGCUCUCUGCUGCCUUUAAUAACCAGCUGUAGAGCCAGAAUUCUACCUGCUGUUUUGUUUUUUUCUGCCUUCCAGUUAGAUUAUAAGGACUCCCAGUCAAGGUGCCUCUCUGAGGAGCCAACUCGAUAAUAAUCACUAAAACAUUUUUUUUAAAAACUGAUGUAUCACUUCAUGUUAGAAAUCUCACACUUUUGUUUUGAAACAAAUGCACUUUUAAUUUUCUGUAUGAGUCCUUCACUUUUAUAAAAAAACAAGUUAAUCCUCCACAGUGUUACUUGUGAGAAAUUGGGUUUUUAGGAGAGGGAGUGUUGAGCAGGCCUUCCCAAAGUGGAGGUCAGUUCCCCAAGUGGGGCUGCAAGCUGUCAUUCUAGGGUCAGAGGCUCUGAGGCAGCAGUGACAGCAAUGUUUUAUCUGGUCUCAGAUAUAACAGAUAUAUAGAGUCUCUCUCUAACAGAUUCUCUUUGUUCUCAUUGAAGGAUCACAACAAUCUUUCAAGCCUCACAAUGGAUUCUGUGGGAAAAAGUUUGAGAAACGAUGUUGUAAUAGGGGUUUCAAACAUAAGACUGACCAGACUUGUAAUGAAGUUUGUGAGAGUUGUGCUCAGAGAUGCUGAAGUAAUUUUUUAUUAUUGUUCCUAGAAAACUUGAUCCAAUUAGAUUUUUGUUCUGUGCAGACAUUUCAUACAUAUGUUAAACACACAAUGAAGGCAUCUCAUGUUCAUAUUAUAAAUAAAUAUCUGUAUAGGUCUUGCAUCUAACAGUUGUCUGUCACACUUCCAAGUGUCAGGCUCAAAAACGUAUAACAUGUACCUGAUGAAUUGAUUAAUUGAAAUACAAUUUUCAUGAACCAUCAACAAAUCAUCACUGAAGUUUUGAACAUACCAACAGAUAAAUGGGAGGCAGGAUCAAUAACUAUCUGAUCCCUUUCAUCAGAGCUUGUCAAUAAAUUUUUGUUCUAUGAAAAUAAAAGGUAUCUAUUUAAAUUUGUUAAAUCAGCAAACCAUCAAUCUGUCUGUUUUUGGGUCACUAGUAUGGUUGGAAUAUAGGGCAGUUGUAGCAAGCUGGCUUUGGAUUUGCCAAAGUGGAAGCUUUCAUUUCUUACAUUGUAGAAGGAGCAGAAUUGCCAUUGAUUGAACAAGACCUUUUGAACUUCAGUUAAGUUUCCUGUUUUAGUUUCCAGACUUAGAAGAUAUGUCAUCUUUCCAAGAGAGAUUGUGUGGUUUGAGUAUAUUAAAUAUAACAGAUUAAAAAAAUAUUUUCUUUGUAAACAAAAACUUAAAUGUACAAGCUGCAAAUGAGAAAACUGUGAAAUCAAGUGUUAAAAUCAAAGAUUAUGUUUUUUCAGUACAUUUCCCUUAUCUUGAAGUUUACUGUAAUUCUACCUCUCCAGCCAAAAAUAAAUCUAAUUCUUUCAAUACCAUUAUCCCUUCAGUGAUCUUUACAUUCAUCAACGGGGAUUUCAAAGGUUUUGCUGAUGGGAAAUAAAAGGCAAGUUUGCAAGAGAGGGGGUAGUUGAUCAUUUGGAGGAAGAACGGAGAAUGAUGCACCCAUCACCUAUCUGACACCAUGGCAUUUUUCCGAGAGCAGGGAAAGUGUCAGAGGAUUCUUAUGCCCAUAGGCGAAUUGUUUCACAAGCAGCCGAUUAAGGACCUCUUAUUCCUGGCACAGGUAUUUUACUGGUGACUGGUGUGCUAUCCACUGCAUGUGGAGAACAUGAUCCUGUGAUCUUAGAGGAAGAGCACUUCUAAUUGAGCACACAAAAUGGACCGUCAUCAUUUAAAUAUCUGAUGGAAGCUUAUUGACCUCUUAAUUGGCAUAAACACUGGUUGACCACCCCAAAACAGUGAUGACAGUGUUGCCCUCAUGUUGGAACAGAAGCAAAUUGACACAUUUCUGGUCAUUGUCUGUUCUAGGUUGUGUUUUUCUCAGUUUGGUAUUCAUGAAGUUAGCAGUACAUUCCUGUGACAACUCUUUCAUAGAGCAAUCACAUCUGUUUCAACUACCCGACUUUUUGUCUCUCACUGCCAGUUCCCAAACCUCAUCUAUGUACUUAAUUCCCUUUAGAAAUUAGAUAUGAAAUCAGUUUCUACCACCCAUCCAGGUAGAUCUUUUUCAGAUCCAGUUCUCCCCCCUAGAUCUUUUGUCAAUGAUUUUGAAUCUCUGACCUCUGGUACUGGCUCGGGUGCUAGAGAGUUUUGUUUUAUAGCCCGUAUAUCAAAACUCUCAAUCUUGAAAUUUCUUAACCUUUAGUUUUCCGGCUUCUGCUCAAAGUGAAGUCUGCUCUCCCUGGUUACAUCCUAUAAAAAUAUCCAUUAAACCUUUACAAAGGACCUUACAUCUCAAAGUGUGACACACAAAUUGUCCACAUGCUCUGUCUGAGGCAUUGAUUUAUAUAGUGCUAGUAUGAUCACUUCGCUUCUAUAUUCCAUUCCUCAUUUUAUGAACUCAAGUAACCUAUAUGCCUCUUUAACUUGAUCUGGCUUCUAAGAUCUCUGCUCAUUAGUGGCUUUCAAAGUAUUGCCAUUGCCAUUUCCUGCUCUUUUACAUUAAUCCCUCAAAAUUCUUUGCAUCAAACUCUAUAUACCAUCUUUCUCUCCAUUUUAUCACAUUAGCGGAUACAUCUAGGCAAUUAAAGGUGUACAGAAAACAAGUCUGAUUCACUUUCACUCUAAAUCUUUGCCUUUACAUCUUCAAAUGGUCUAAUUCAAAUCUGUUUUUGAGCUGUCAUCCUUGUUAAGUGUUAUCACAUCGUUGUUUAUAAGCUGGUCACUUUUUGCUUAUAUUUUAAGUUGGAAUGGAUGAGAAAAAUAUAGUUAUCUUGUAAAGUUUGUAAUGCUUUCUGCCUUUUUUUAUGUCGCAUAUGCUAUUGAUGGGGCUAAGUUUCCCAACUCAGUCAGAAACCAAGAUAAUAUCCAAAGGGUAUAUUUCUGUGGCAAGUGGUUCACCUGCUGACACUCCAGAACCUUUUUACAUCUACAAAAUACAAGUCACAAUGUGAUAGACUGCGUGAGUGAUAACAGGAACUGCAGAUGCUGGAGAAUCCAAGAUAACAAAGUGUGA